AUGGUUCUCGCAAAGCUGGCAAAGAUGUACUUUGCGCCUUCAUCGGCGGCCAUCCGCUAUGCUCCCUACCUGCUGAUCCUCCCGAUUAUCGUGUUCGAGGCACUCUCUCUUACUGGAUGUGUCUCAACAUCGCCUGCGAUCCCCAACAUCUACCUCGUCUCGUUGAAGUCCAACACCGGCAAUGCCACCGAGACCCCGGUCCAGGUGCGCAUCGGCUACUAUGGAAUCUGCGGCAUCGAUGAGGAUGGCACGCGCUGCCAGUCAGCCUCGGGUCGCUCCGUCGAGGAGUUGACGCCCAACCUGUUCCCUGAGACGGUCAAUAAGAACUCGUCGUCCAACGCGACCUCGAGUGAUGUCGACGUGGCCGACCUGAUCAACACUGCGCUCAACCUCCAGUCACAGAGUUUCAUGUCCGUUCUCGCCAUGUCGGGCCUGCUCUUCCUCAUCGGCGUCGGCUCUCUGUUGGUCUACAAGUUUGACGUCAAAAAGGGCAGCUUCGACCACCCCCGCCGCAGCGCCAUCAUCCGCCGCGUCACGUACGGCUCUCUGUUCUUGUCGACCGGCCUCGUGUUUGCCGCCGCGCUGGCAACGGACCAGUCUGCCGACGCGCUCGAGUUUGCCUCGGCGGGCAUGAAGAAUGCGUCGGUUCUGAUCAAGUCCGGUACCACGCUCCAGGUUCUGCAGUGGAUGGCCUUUGGCUUUUCGCUGCUGUUUACCUUGCUGGUUCCCAUCUUGGUAAGAGAGAAGGCUCCCGCCAUGACCUUUAAGGAGGGUGCAUGA